ACUCCGCCCCGCAUCUGUCCGGAACCUCCUCGCGUCUGAGCUGACCCAGUGCGCGUCUGCCAGUCAGUCCCUCCGGACCCGCCGCGAGUCUCAGGCUGCCGAAAUCUCCGCGCGUCACUCGCCUCAACAGUGAUUCUGAGUCUGCUUUUAGCUUCCUUCGCCUUGGCUUUUUUUCUGUUUGUGAACAGCUGCUUGGCCCAUAGCUUAGAGAAAGCAACCUCUUUUUCUCUCCCAAGAAAGCCUCCUCCCUGUGCUCAGAGAGAUGGGGAGUGGGGAGCCCAAUCCUGCUGGCAAGAAAAAGAAGUACCUCAAGGCUGCCCUGUAUGUGGGUGACUUGGACCCAGAUGUCACCGAGGACAUGUUAUAUAAAAAGUUCAGGCCUGCUGGCCCUCUUCGAUUCACCCGAAUCUGCCGUGACCCGGUGACCCGCAGCCCCCUGGGCUAUGGCUAUGUUAACUUCCGCUUUCCUGCGGAUGCUGAGUGGGCCUUGAACACCAUGAAUUUUGAUUUGAUUAACGGCAAACCUUUCCGCCUAAUGUGGUCUCAGCCAGAUGACCGCUUAAGAAAGUCUGGAGUUGGAAAUAUAUUCAUCAAAAACCUGGACAAAUCCAUAGACAAUAGGGCCCUUUUUUAUCUGUUUUCUGCUUUUGGGAGCAUUCUCUCCUGCAAGGUUGUAUGCGAUGACAACGGCUCUAAGGGUUAUGCCUAUGUGCACUUUGACAGCCUGGCCGCUGCCAAUAGGGCCAUCUGGCACAUGAAUGGAGUGCGGCUCAACAACCGCCAGGUGUACGUUGGCCGAUUCAAAUUUCCGGAAGAGCGGGCAGCUGAAGUUAGAACUAGGGAUAGAGCGACUUUCACCAAUGUUUUCGUUAAAAACUUUGGAGAUGACAUGGAUGACGACAAACUGAAGGAACUUUUCAGUGAGUACGGGCCAACUGAGAGUGUUAAGGUAAUAAGAGAUGCCAGUGGGAAAUCGAAAGGCUUUGGAUUUGUGAGAUACGAAACACACGAGGCUGCCCAAAAGGCUGUGUUAGACCUGCAUGGAAAGUCCAUCGAUGGGAAAGUCCUCUAUGUAGGGCGAGCACAGAAGAAAAUUGAACGCCUGGCUGAGUUAAGGCGGAGAUUUGAGCGGCUGAGAUUAAAAGAAAAAAGUCGGCCUCCAGGAGUGCCUAUCUAUAUCAAGAACCUAGACGAGACCAUCGAUGAUGAAAAACUGAAGGAGGAAUUUUCUUCCUUUGGAUCCAUUAGCCGGGCCAAAGUGAUGGUGGAAGUGGGGCAAGGCAAAGGGUUUGGUGUUGUCUGCUUCUCCUCUUUUGAAGAGGCUACCAAAGCAGUAGAUGAGAUGAAUGGUCGCAUAGUGGGCUCCAAGCCUCUGCAUGUCACGCUGGGCCAGGCCAGGCGCAGGUGGUGAGAAUAAGAAUGCUCAAUUUGUCUCAGCCUUAAGCUGAUGCCUACUUAGUUUGGGCUACUUUGUGAUAAGAGGUUAUUUUAUGUGAAUUCACAGUUUUUUUUAAGUGAAUACUUUCUUUUGAAAAAAAGUGAAACUAGAAAACCUUGUUCAUUUUAGUGAAGGACAUAAUUUCUAAUUGUAAAACUGUCAUUUUGUACUAUUUUUCGAUAUAAUAGCCUUAGGAAUAUGUAGAAUAAAGUUUAUUCCUCCACAUGCUUUUUUGCUAAACCAGUCAAGAUGAGGUAAUGGAGUAUAUUUCCUUCCUUAUUUCACUAAUACUACUAAAUUUAAUUUCUCCUAUGAAAGUAUUCUCGAGAUGGUCCUUACUUCUGAGUCUAUCACAGUGAAAAUUUCUAACUUGCUUUUUGAGAAAUCAGUAGAGCAGGGGAAAGCGUAUGUGAUCCAGUUAAUGUUUGUGUAUAAGUUCACUUUAAAUUAUUAUUUAAAAUGAAUAUUCCUUUUAAAAGAUGUGAGCUUUCUUCCUUUUAUUUAUUUAUAUAUAUAUAUAUAUAUAUUUUCUUUUUAAUAUAUUGUGGGCAUACCACAGACUUGAUAGUGACUUUGACUAAGUUUUGAGAGUUUUCGUUAUUAACUUCAUGCCCAGAGAAAGAAACAUAUUGCUAUUUCCUCAAUCAAUACCUUAGAAAACUAACACUUUAAACAUUGAUUAUUUAAAUUCUAAGUUUCAUCUUAAAAACCUUUUCUGAGAGCUUUGAUAUUUGAAGACAGUCUAAGGAGCAUUUUUUUUUUUUUUUUUUUUUUUUUUUUUGCGGUAUGCAGGCCUCUCACUUUUGUGGCCUCUCCCAUUGUGGAGCACAGGCUCUGGACGCGCAGACUCAGCGGCCACAGCUCACGGGCCCAGCCGCUCCGUGGCAUGUGGGAUCUUCCCAGACCGGGGCACGAACCCAUGUCCCCUGCAUCGGCAGGCAGACUCUCAACCACUGCGCCACCAGGGAAGCCCUAAGGAACAUUCUUAUCACUCAUUUUUCUAAAUUCCUUAGUAGGUAUACAUGGAUCAUGUUUAAUCAACAAGAAAGGUGAAUAACAACACUGAAUUGCCUUUGUCUAUAAAUAACUUUAGGAUUCACUUCAGCCUCUGUUGUGUCAAUAUAGAAGGUAAACAAUCCUGUAAUUAUGUUGAAAACUACUUUGAAGAACAUCUUCUAUUAAACUUGUCAUUAUCUCUUAUAAAUUGUUGAAUAUAUCAAUAAGGUAAUAUUCACAGAUGUUUCAAAGUUAAGGAAAAGGUCAUCUCUCUUGAUUAAGUCACAUGCCUCCAUCUAUCAUAUGAGAGCUCUUAAUCCAGUAUGGUUCUCUUUUUUUCUAGCUGCUUGGAAGUUGCAACAAAAUGUUCUGUUCUAUAUUGCAGUUACAUUAUUUAGCCUGUAAUUUCUAUACUAUGGACUUUAUGUGUUUCACUUUUAGUUCUCUCUUCUCCAUAUCCAUCUACCUUCCAUCCAUAUUACACUUACUUUCAUAUUUUCUUUGGAUUGCCUUUCUUUUAAUAUAUGCCAGUUCAAAUCCAUUUUGGGAUUAGAGAGAUA